AUGGAAAAAAAGUUGCAAUACGACAAGGAUUGUGAUCCUAAGACUCUAAAAUUGCAACUUGGCAUGCGAUUCGCUGAUGUAGCAGAAUGCAAGGAGACGGUGAAGUUGUGGGCGAUUGUGAAUGGGCAUAACAUAAAAUGGGUAAAAUCUGAAGCCUACAGAAUACAAGCAAAAUGUGAGGCAGGUUGCCCAUGGAAUUUGUAUGCUAGCAAAUUGACUCGUGAGCCAACAUGUGUUAUCAAGAAAUAUGUCGGGAAACAUGAAUGUGUGAGGCCAAUCUACAAUAGACAAGUCACUUCGGCCUGGAUAGCAGAUCGCUUCUUGGAACAUCUCAAAACUAAUCCCAUGUUGAAGGCCCUCGAAUUGCAACGGGAGUUGAGAAAGAAAUACCAAGUUCGAGCCCCACUCUUGAAGUGCUAUAGGGCGAAGAAAAAAGCAAUGGACAUUCUACAUGGAACCCUUGAGGACCACUAUGCGAAGAUUCGAUCAUACCUUAUGGAGUUGCAAAAAAGAGAUAGAGAGGGCACUUUCUUAUUGAAGACAUACUUGAACCAUGAAGAAAAACCAGUUUUUCAGCGGGUAUACUUGGGUUUCUCAGCACUUCGUAAAGGUUUCUUCAUUGGAUGUCGAAGGUUUAUAUCUUUUGAUGCAUGUUUUCUAAAGACCACUAUUGGAGGGGCAUUACUGGCUACAAUAUCAAAGGAUUGCAAUCAUAAGAUGUAUCCACUAGCUUGGGCAGUUGUGGAGAAAGAGAAUGAAGAGACGUGGAUGUGGUUUAUGGAGAAGUUGUUUGAGGAUCUUAGGAUCAUUGAUGGAUUUGGAUGGACCUUUAUGAGUGAUAAGCAAAAGGUAUAA